AUGGCGUGGCGCGUAGUCUACGCGCUCGGCCUAGUGGUGUGGUCCAUAAAUGGACAACAGCCACUCAAUCAGCAAGGCCAAAACAUCAACCCCGACCAGGGCCAAGGCACAAACCUCAUCACCGGCCAGGGCAUUACACCGUACUAUGGAGUGAACCUCGUGCCGUUCGGGCCGGACGCGGGCGACAUGCGUGUGAACGACGAAAUGCUGACGGGAGGGCAGACGAUUGAUUUGCAUCUGUUUUUCCCGUUUUAUGGUGGACUCUACAAUUACACAUCGAUCUCCGGGAAUGGCUACAUCAGCUUCGCCACCGUGUUCGACCAGGGCCCCGUGAUCAACGUCGGCCCGACCGAUACGGAUUGGCCGACCGUCCAGGAUCCGGCCAUGAUUGCGCCGUAUUUGUGCAAGCAGCAGAUCCCGCGCAACCAUGGACCCGGACUGAAAACGGGCGUCUUCUACCGUCUCCUCCUCCGCCAAUCCCUAUUCGGCCGCCAAUCCGACAGUAACAUGAAUAUGGGUGGCAGUAUGCCGUCUGGAUUCUUUGGACAGGCAGCUCGACUGGCUUGCCCGGCAACCCCGAAUCACUAUGCGAGGUGUAACCAGGAAAGUGACUAUCAACUGAACGAGUGGAUGAACUGGUUGCAGGAGGGCAUUGCCGGUGCACAAAUGUUCCGCGCCGACGCGGCCCUGGUGGUCACGUGGUUCAACUCGGCCUCCGCAAUCUCGGGCCGCUCCGACGUCGACGCCGGCCAGUUGUCAACCUACCAGCUGAUCUGGCUGACCGAUAGUAAUGCACGCCUCUCCUACGUCAUCUUCAACUACGACAAGCUCGGCUUCGAUGCAACGGAUUUCCGCGGGAAUUCAAGGACUGGAAGGUGUCAGGCGCUCUUCAACGGCGGUAACCACACCGGAAUCGUGCCGGUCGACCCGACGCAGAUGUACAAGAAUACACCCAAGGUGUUGGCUUCACAGUCCGGAGUGCCCCAUAUUGUUCGCGGCCGAUACAUGUUCCGUGUUGAUGACGUCGUCCGCCCAGGCGGCUGUUCCAACAAAACUGGAGGCACUUUCCCGAUGAUGAUAUACCCGAACAUUGUCAACAUGUUGGGCGAGACGACGGUCGAUGUGAAUGCGAUGUGUCUGGAUCGGGCAAAGAGUUAUAUUCUGAUGAUAGAGCAGAGACAGAUAGCCACGUGCACAGUGUUGAAUCCGUCGAUAGCGAGAUGUGCACUUCCGAAAAUCUUUGACUGGGGCACGCGUACCGUAUAUUUUCAACCGAGAGGCGGAAGUGGGGAUGAUGAGAAGGCUUUCGUGGGCUAUAUUUAUUUUGUCCCUCCAACCCUCGACCCUCAACGUCUCGAAAUUGGCAACAUCUACGAUUGGUUCAAAAACCCGAUCCCCUACCAAGUGAUGCCCCUCUCAUGGUAUCCCCGAAAUUUCACCAACCCCGACAUCAACAACCGCCUCGACUCCGGCGGGGUCAGAAUUAGUGACGACUCGAUGUAUUCAGUACAACUCGGAUUGUAUGUGAUCGGGUAUAAGGAAUUUAAGGACGACGAGAUCAAAAAAUUCCGGCCUGAGCAUCGGAUUAUCGCGCGGCUUGGCUCGUAUGCAAAUAAGAAUCAAUAUGAGUUCCGGUGGAGACCGCAGGAGGAACGGAUCAAUAUUAAUCAGGUCGAACAAUGGUACAUGACCGAUUGGGAAAGAAUGAACGAGCUGUACACCUACCGCUUCGGCUACCUUAAACUCGCGCCAAUUAUGAAUGUUGAUCAGCAACGCCCCACACAACUUCCAGCCGGAUUGGUCUCCCACCCGAUCUCCCUGCAUUGGAUGUGGACGACGAACAAUCAAGAGUUCGCCACCACCACCUACAGCGCCCAGGACGAGAAGUCGAGGGUGGAAUUUGUGAAGAAGAAGGCGACACAGAUGUGUCAUGACUGGUACAACGAAGAUGGUGCCCAGGCCAACUUCAUCCGCGACACCGAGACGAACGCUUCGUGCCCGUGCGUUGAGAGGCAGGCGAUGGCCGAUCUUGGACGGUUUAUGCCACAUCCACGAUGCUCACAGAUCUUCCGUGAUAUCACCUGCACCCAAUCGAUCGGUGCCCGAAAUUGCUACAUGUCGGCCCAAAACGUCUACGGGUCGUAUGCCGGAUCGGGCAGGACGGACAACUCGCAUACCACCGGCCGAAUCCCCACCCACUACGGACAAGUGUGCUGCUACGAUUCUGACGGCCAUCUGAUGCAGACCAGUUAUCAACCUGUUAUAAAGGUGACACCGGAAGUGCCGUAUAACCCCGGGUUCCCGUUACGCGCCUACGAGUUUGGGUCAUCACCGUAUAUGGGGCAGUUUGAGGUGCCGGGUCUAUCAGCCUUUCACAACGACUACAUGCCAUAUUUCCUCUGCUGCAAAUAUGCCGAUUUUCGUUGCCAAAUGUUCUACUGGCGGCGGCCGUCUAGCGGUUGUCAGGAGUAUCAGCCGGCAGCAUACGGCGAAGCCAUCGGCGCCGGCGUCUUCAACACGAUCGACAACGACAAGUUUGUGUUCAACGAGCCGGGCGUGUACACCCUUCUCUACAUCCCGAAGACGUUGACCACCCCGGAAGUGAAGAUCCAAGUCCGGCUGGAGCGAUAUCCGAACCGGAAGGUCGACUUCAGUUACCUUGGUCGUUGGAUGCCGCAGAAGGACCUUGUUCAGCCCUCAAAUGCCACCGUCAUCACUGGAAUUGCCAUUGAGGCUACAGGAACCGAUCGCAUUCACGUACUUGCUCGGAAAGAUACUCGCCGCUUCCGCUACCGUACCAGCAUCAUUGUCGGCAACAUUCUGCGCUAUUUCGAUACGAUGGUCAUCCAACGCUUCAAGGGUGUGCUCGUCUACGUGAACAAUGUGGAGCGUGGCCAAGCCGAGAUCUAUGUUGUGCUUGAGGAGGCCCAGAUCGGCAUCAGGAUACGCGAAUCAUUCAACCGAGAUAUCGAUCGAUUGCUGAACUACCAGGAGAGCUUCGGGAUUCUAAACGUUGCUCUUUCUGUGCCGCCACAGUAUGGAGUGAGACCCGAUGGAGAUAAGGCACGCGAGAACGAGAUCCGACAGCGCUAUAAUUUGCCAAAGGUCGCCGGCCUAAUGCGCCCAUUCCCCGACCAAACGAUGAGCAGCCAAUACCAGCGUGACCUCCAAAUGCAAGACGUCAACUCCGAGCAGUACAGGCAGCAGAUUGUACAGAAUUACAAAAUUGCCGGCAGUGGCGAGAGUGGCUCGGAUCAGAAUCUGAACGUCCAGUACAACUCGGAGAUCCCCUCGGAAAAUAUGUUCACCACCAGCCGCGACGAGGACAGGAAGUUUGAGGUGUUUCCCGAGGCAUCGAUGCGAGGGCCCAUCUACAAAGCGGCCGCCGAGUUUGAGACGGGCACCAACCGCUUCUAUCCGAUCACCGGGACGGUGUUGAUCCAAAUACUGAACCACUGCCGCGAUAUGGAGCAGAACCCGAAUUACAACCUGCAGCCGCAAAUCUCGUCGGUGAUGGAGCAGUACGGGAUGUCGGUAUGCCCGAAUAAACCCUCAGAAGUGUUGGCCGAUUGUGGGGACAAUUGGGCGUGUCUCUACGACUAUACCCUCCUCAACUCAAAGGUCAUCGGCCAGGAGAGCAAGGAGGCAUGGAAUUCCCAUAUCGCCCUCCGACUUCAAGCGAUGCGGCAGUACAACUCAUGCGGCCCGAUCAACAUCGAGUACCCGGAAUAUCUGAUGAAAAUCGGCAGCAUGCACAGCGCUUAUCUGGAGGGGGAUGUCGCACAAUUCGAGUGUUUCCAGAGCCAUUGGACCAAGGGAACCCAUGAGUACAAGUGCGGAAUGGUGGCGAAUCGAGACUACUAUCGGGACAGCCGGACCCGCGAGCAAGAGCCCCUCAACUAUCAAUACGGUACCUAUCGAUUCGAGUGGAAUAAGGGAGACCAACCGUGGUGCCGGUCGCGUGAGAAGGAGAAUUUCUUCAUUUGGUUGGCCGCGAUUUUGGGAUCUGCUGGAAUUAUUAUCGUGUUGAUCCUGAUCUAUCUAAUGUGCUGGAUCAAGAAGCAAGACCACCGCAAGAAGUUUGACGAGGAGAAGGAGCAGAACAGCGUCCGAACACCGUCAACAGCACGGAAAUGGAAUGACCCGCCGUACUCACGAGAAGCGGAACCGCUCAAUCCGAAGGCCCGGCUGAUGGAUAGCCCUCGGGUACAUACGCCAAACAAGCCGAGAAUCGAUCCGUACUCCUCGCCAGCGGAAGCCUCGACCCCCGAGUCGACGCACCAUAACGAGAAGAAUGGCAUGCUCGGCCUCAACACCAGCGUC